GCAUCUUCAUCUCUGCUACCUCCAGCUCUGCUUCCUGUCUUUUCUUCAGUCCCAUUGUUUCAUGGCUGCUCUCAGUAAAAAAUCACAAAAUCGUCUGCAACCAUCACAGUCCAUGGGGAUUCCUAUGUCUAAUUGGAAAAUAAAACUCAAUUUUUGUGCAACUCAAAAUGUUAACUGUACUUUUAUUCAUGUAUGCACAUUACUAACAUGAAACAUAGACACAAUACAUCAAAGUAUAUCAGCAGAUAUGUUCCGAUAUUUUCUACAGGUUUUUAGUAGAAUGACUUUAGAAAAUAUAGGUCAUGUUUUGGUGUUUAACCCCAAGAUUUAAAGUGGCCCCCCAGCUACCACCCCCAGGGACAAUUUCUGGAGGCGCCACUGCUUUCAGUAGAACACAGUAAACAUGUUUAGCUCCAUCAUCUAGAGCGGAACCAUAAAAUGAUGUUGUGUUUCUUCUAUACCGCUUUAAGAGACGAACAAAAACACCUAUUCCAUUUGAGCACACGCGUUUACUGUCCGUCUAAAAGUUUGAAAUUUCGUUUUAGUUUUACGGUGUGUUUUGCACGUUUGAGGUUUGAAGCAGCACAAAAUUCACAGGACGGAGAGAAACGAUAGAUUCAAGUGAAUGAGUCAUGCUGCUCGUAGAUCCAGGAGUGUACAUCGGCACUGUCGCUGACCUGAACGACAGCCAGGCGCUUUCUGCAGCUUCUGUCUCUCACAUCCUGUCUGUGGACUCUGUGGAUCCUGGUCCUCAGCUUCCAGCUACAGGAAGCUUCACCACAAAGUGGAUCAAUGCUUUAGAUGAAGAGACGUCUGACCUGCUCAGUUACAUGGACGCCUGCAACGUGUUCAUUGAUGAGGCUGUGAAAGGGGGCGGGGCUGCACUGGUUCACUGCCAAGCAGGUCGAAGCCGCAGCGCCACCAUUGUGACUGCGUAUUUAAUGAAGAAACACCAUCUGACCUUCACUGAGGCUUACCGAAGACUGAAAAGUGUCAAACAAGAUGUGCAGGUCAACAGGGGUUUUGAGGAGCAGCUGCAGCUGUAUGAGUCCAUGCUCUGUCAGGUCGACACGUCUAGUGCUUUGUACAAACAAUACAGACUGAACAAGAUUGCAGAGAGAUAUCCAGAGUUGCAGCAAGUCCCAAAAGAUAUUUUUGCCAAUGACCCCGCCCUCUCCAGCUCCUCCGAGGUGUCAUACAGAUGCAGGAAGUGCAGACGAACUCUGUUCCGCAGCUCCAGCAUCCUCAGUCAUCCUGUAGGUGACGGAGCUUCAGCCUUCAGUCAUAAGAAGUCCAGCAACCUCUCCGGAGAGGUCCAGUGUACGUCGUACUUCAUCGAGCCGGUACAGUGGAUGGAACAAGCCUUACUUGGAGUGAUGAACGGACAGCUGCUCUGUCCAAAGUGUGGAUCAAAGCUGGGCUCCUUCAGCUGGUGUGGGGAUCAGUGCUCCUGCGGUCGUUGGGUCACGCCGGCCUUCCAGCUGCAUCACAACAGAGUCGACGAGAUUCGACAACUCAACACAACAAAAUAACACAAAAACAUCCACGCCGCUCUGCUCCUUUACAAUGUUUACUUUGUAUUAUGCUGGAAUUAAAUGUAAAAACAUGUAAAAAAUUAAAAUGUGUUGUAUUUUUUGUAAAAAAAAAAAAAUAAACAUAAUAAGAUACA